AUUCCGAAGCACACGGACCAGGCACCUUUGUACCCAGCUCCCCACUGCCCAGGUCCCACCUUUCCUCCUUUCCCCGCCCUCGUGCCUGGGUGGAGCCAGCUGCCAAGGCGCCAAAGCUUCUCAGCCCUCCCUCUGGGCUCAGUCUGGAGCGGAGACCGAAAGAGGGCUCUGUGCCCGGCCCCGAUGAGGACGCUACUGACCAUCCUGGCGGCGGGAUCCCUGGUCGCUCACAUCGCUGAGGACACCUCGGAUCUCCUUCAGCACGUGAAGUUCCAGUCCAGCAACUUCGAAAACAUCCUGACGUGGGACGGCAGGCCGGAGAGUGCCCCUGACACUGUCUACAGCGUCCAGUAUAAGACGUAUGGAGAAGGAGAGUGGUUGGAAAAGGAGGGCUGCCAGCGGAUCACCCGGAAAUCCUGCAACCUUACCGUGGAGACAGGCAACCUCACUGAGCUCUACUACGCCCGGGUCACCGCCACUGACGGGGCAGGCCGGUCUGCCACCAAGAUGACCGACCGCUUCAACUCAUUGCAGCACACUAUCAUCAAACCACCUGAUGUGACCUGUAUCCCCAAGGUGAGAUCCAUCCAGAUGAUUGUCCAUCCCAGCUACACACCGAUCCGCGCACGGAAUGGCCACCAGCUGACCUUGGAGAACAUCUUCCAAGGCCUGCUCUACCGCUUAAAGCUGCGCAUCAACCACACCUACCAAAUGGACCUUGAAGGGAAUAAGAGAGAAUUUGAGUUUGUCGGCCUGACCCCUGACACGGAGUUCCUUGGGACCAUCAUGAUUUGUAUUCCAAACUUAUUCAGGGAGAGCGCCCCUUAUGUAUGCCAAGUGAAAACGCUGCCAGAUCGGACGUGGACCUACUCCUUCUCCAGCGCCUUCCUGUUCUCCAUGGGCUUCCUGGUCGCAGGGCUCUGCUACCUGAGCUACAGAUACAUCACCAAGCCACCUCCACCUCCCAGCUCCCUGGAUGUCCAGCAUAUCCUGCCCUUCCAGCCUCUGCAGUUCAUCCAGGAGCACACCCUGAUCCCCAUCUUCGACCUCAGCAGCUCUGGCAGUCUGGCCCAGCCUGUCCAGUACUCCGAAGUCAAGUUCUAUGACCCCACGGAGACCCUGGGACCCCCACCACGGCAUGGCCUGCCUGAGAUUGCCUACCUCGGGCAGCCAGACCUCCCCGUCCUCCAGCCCUCCAGAGGACCACCUCACCCAGGACUCCUCACGCCGUCCUAUGCCCCCCAGGCUGCACCCGAGGGCAGGCCCCCAUCCUACGCACCUCAGGUAACCCUGGAAGGUAAACCCCCCUCCUACACCCCACAGGCUGUCUCAGAGGCCCGGCUUCCUUCCUACACCCCGCGGGCCACUCCGGACAGCUGGCCUCCUUCCUACGGGUUGUGCGGGGAAGGGUCUGGGAGAGACUCCCCACCUGUGACACGCUCUGGUCCCAAACACCUCGGAACUAAGGGGCAGCUCCAGAAAGAGGCGCCAGCUGGCAGCUGCAGCCCAGGUGGCCUUUCGCUACAGGAGGUGACCCCCUUGUCCAUGGAGGACCCCCAAGAAGCAAAAUCCUUCCACCAGCAUCUAGGGGUUCACACAGACUCAGACUCUGACUCUGAUUCCAUCGGCCAAAGGGGGCCAGGAACACGAAGCUCCCUACGGGGCCAGCUGCCCCUCCUUUCCUCUGUCCAGAUCGAGGGCCACCCCGGGGCCCUCCCUUUGCAGACUCCGUCCCUCCCAUGUUCCCCCAUGGACGAGUGUCCAAGUCCCUGGGGCCUGCUGGAGUCCCUCGUGUGUCCCAGUGACGAGGAUCCGGCGUCCAAGAUGGAGGCCGAGAGCCCAGGCCUUCAGGCCCCAGACCUGGAGUCGUCCACGGAGCUGGACUCGCUGUUCCGAGGCCUGGCCCUGACCGUGCAGUGGGAGUCCUGAGCGGAGAGCAGGGCAGGCCUGGGGCUUCCUCCUGUCCCCACCAGCCCCCAGUUCACAUCCUUGGCCGUCCCUCCCUCACCCAGGGACACUGCGCCCUCUGCAGCCCGGCCCCGGGUGGGUGCCCUUGAGGAACCCGCAGAGGAGGAGGCUGGACCCUUGCCUCGGCUAUGAUCCCUUUGGAGCAAAAUAGAUGUGAGAAGAGCUCCAGCCAGAGUUUCAGAGGCGUACCAUGGGCAAACGAGCUUGAGCAGCCGAGCUCGGCAGGGCAGGACACAGUCAGAGAGAGGGGGUCGAUGCGAGGAGACCUCCCAGAGACCCAGGGCCCCGGCUCCCAACGCACCGGAUACAGAGUCCUCCUGGAGCCUACCCCUCUUCACUCCUUUCCUGGCCAGUUUCAUAAUCUGGUUCAGCAGACUGAGGUCUCUGCCUCCUCUAUGAUUCCCCAAAGAAGGAAAAAAGGAGCCUGAAAAGGGACGCCUCCUAGCAGACUGGGCAGAACCAGAACAACCUGUGAGAUGGCAAGACUCCAGGGCCGGGUGCGGCUCAGCCCCAACCAGGGCUACUGCCUGAAACUGCACUGUUUCAACUUCCAUCCUCUGCUGGAGGCUGGACCCCAAGUGAAAGGCAGGUCCAGCAGGGAGGGAGAAUACAGAAACCCUCUCUGUCAGCAGGAGUUUCAGACCCUAUCCUGGGAGCGGGGUUUGAAAGGAACCUGGGGCCACGGGGUGCCUGAAGGAGACACAACCACAAACUGUACUUACUUCCCAACUUUGGAAACUCAGCCUUGGGUUCAGCCCAGCUGGGUUCCAAUUCCAGCCUUAAUACUUCCCAACCAUGUGACUACAAGCAAAUGAAUCACUGUUUGAAAUCUCAGUUUCCUCAUCUGUAUAAUGCAGAUAGUCACACCUACCGCAUGGGAUUGUGGCGAGGCUGAGAUUAAAUCAUGUCUGUAAAGUGUUUCACAGCGCCUGGCACAUGGGCCAUGUCCAAUAAACUAUUAGCUGUC